AUUAAUAUAAUGUCAUACAAGACAUAACAUCAAACUUCACGAUGCCUUUACUCCACCUGACAAAGCCUCCUCCUUCUCCUUCUUCUUCUUCACUGAAACUCAAGGUUUUUCAAUGUCUACUACUACUUCUUUUGCUUCUCCAACCGGCUAGUGCUGUCGUAAAGAUUCCUCCCGGUUACUCGGUUCCUGCCGUCUUCGUCUUUGGGGAUUCGAUUGUCGAUACCGGCAACAACAACAAUCUCAUUACUCAAGCUAAGUGCAACUAUCCACCUUACGGUCGGGAUUUUCUUGGUGGACGCCCAACCGGUCGAUUUUCCAACGGCAGGGUUCCCUCUGAUCUAGUAGUUGAUGCACUAGGUAUCAAAACGUUAUUGCCACCAUAUGCAGACCCAAAUCUUAAACUUGAAGACCUAAUCACCGGUGUCAACUUUGCUUCUGGUGGAGCUGGAUUUGAUCCUCUAACCUCUAAGAUAGCCCCAGCAAUAUCACUUGAUGCUCAAUUAGCAAUGUUUAGAGAAUACAAAAGGAAGGUAGAAGGACUAGUAGGAGAAGAAAGAGCAAAAUUCAUAAUAGACAAUAGCCUUUUCUUGGUGGUGGCUGGAAGCAAUGACAUUGGCAACACAUUUUAUCUUGCACGAAUAAGACAAGCUCAAUACAACAUCAAUACUUACACUGAUUUUAUGGUCCAAUCUGCUUCGGCUUUCGUUAUGGAAUUAUAUGCCGCGGGUGCACGUAGGAUCGGGUUUUUUGGGACUCCGCCGCUCGGAUGCUUGCCGUCGCAAAGAACUUUGGCAGGAGGGAUUGAAAGGGCAUGUGUGAAUGAGUAUAACAAUGCUGCAAAGCUUUUCAAUGGGAAAUUGCAUACCACUUUGGAUUACCUUCAAACUAUACUGCCUGAUAGUAGAGUGGUUUACGUGGAUAUUUACAACCCUCUACUAGAUGUCAUCCAAAACUAUGUUAAAUAUGGAUUUGAAGUAGCAGACAAAGGGUGUUGUGGAAGUGGGACAAUUGAGGUGACACUUCUUUGUAAUAAAUUUGUGAAGACCUGUCCUGAUACCACAAAGUAUGUGUUUUGGGAUAGUUUCCAUCCUUCACAGGCUACUUACAAUUUGCUUGUUGCUCCAAUCCUCCAAAGAUAUAUUUCUAGCUUUCUAUAGUUCAUUUUAUUCCUCAAUUUUCAAUUUUCCAAAUUGUUAAAAAAAAAAAAAAAAAAAAACAGCUUUUCAUUUUCCAAAUUUCAACUCAUUGAUGUAACAUUUCGCUUCAAAAGAUGUCCAGAAAUUAAGUUUAUCUGAAAAUAAAAAGUCUAAAAAUAAGAUUGCUGGAAAUCAA